AUGCCCCCAGGUCCAGCUGGUUGGCCAGUCAUCGGGAAUAUUCUUGACAUGCCCUCCAGUCAUGAGUGGCGGACUUUUGCCCAAUGGGGAGAGACAUGGGGUGACAUCAUCUCAGUCAACUUGCUCGGGAAGCCUCUCGUGAUUCUCAACUCAUCCCACGUCGCCGAUGAGAUGCUCGACAAGAAAAGCCUCAUCUACUCGGGCCGGCCGGUGUUCCCCGUUUGUGGUGAAGUGAUUGGAUGGAAUCGCAUACUUGCGUUCCACCAAUACGGUCCCCGCUGGCGGGAGAUCCGCCGACUCUUUUCGCAGACUGUAGGGUCACACAACAGUCUGGCUCAACUGACCGACGACCUGGAACGCGAGGCUGACGGGUUUCUGGGUCGCGUGAUGGCAAAUCCGACAACUCUGACGCAGCAGGUGCAUAGAUUCACCGGAGCAUCAAUCUUGAAGGUUACGUACGGGUAUACCAUUGAGAAGGAGAACGACGAGCUCCUCAGAAUCGUCGAUACCGCUAUGGAGCAGUUUUCCCUGGCGUCUGCUCCAGGAGCAUAUCUUGCUGACGCGUUCUCGAUUCUCACGCAUGUUCCCCCAUGGUUCCCCGGGGCUGGGUGGAAGACGACAGCCCAAGCCUGGCGCAAAGAUCUUGAGAAGAUGUGUGAUAUUCCAUACAACUUCACCAAGGCGCAGAUGCGAGCUGGAACGGCAUCCUCAAGUCUUGUGGCCAUAAAUUUGGAAGGUGAUAUUGACCCUCAGCGGGAGGCGAUCAUCAAGGAUGCGGCUUCAUCUCUGUAUGCUGGCGGGGCAGAUACCAGUGUCUCCGCCAUUCGCUCGUUCUUCCUGGCCAUGAUGCGCUUUCCGGAAGCGCAGAGGAAGGCUCAGGCUGAAAUCGAUCGAGUCAUAGGAUCGGACAGACUUCCUACAGUUGCGGAUCGCGAACAGCUGCCUUACGUGAGGGCGUUGUGCUGGGAGGUGCUACGAUGGCAGCCCAUCGCUCCGCUAGGUAUACCUCACUACCUCACCCAAGAUGAUGUGCACGCGGGCUAUUUCCUGCCCAAAGGCACAGUAGUGAUAGCUAAUAUCUGGAAAAUGCUCCGCGACCCCAAACGCUACGCCCGUCCUCAAGACUUCAAUCCUGACAGGUUCGUCCCUGGCCAGGGCGCGGAGCCGGAAUACGACCCUCGCCAGGUUGUUUUUGGCUUCGGAAGACGUGUAUGUCCAGGCUCGCAGCUGGCUGAGAUGUCUUUAUUCCUGAUCUGCGCCGUAUCUCUCGCUGCCUUCGAUAUCUCCAAACCCAUUGUAGACGGUAAGGCUGUCGAACCUUCGAUGGAAUAUACGACGGGUACCAUCAGCCAUCCAUGCGAGUUUCAAUGUUCCAUCAAGCCCCGGUCGGCUAAGGUUCAAGCUCUACUGUCGUCGUCGGGUGAUGUUCGUUACUGAGGUGUUAUCCGUCGAUCCACGAUUCUUCGAACAGCAUAUCUGCUCCUCGCGGGAAGUUUGGUGUAUCAAGGAUCAACGUUGCAUACUUGGUUGGCUCAACUCAUCUGACAGAUAUAUCACGCUACGUGCUCACGAUUUGGGACGCCUGCAUAGAGCCUCGGUGUCUAUGACGUUGUACCGGACGGG